GUAGCAUGCGAUCUAUGAUCAGUUCUAAACAUGUAUUUUUAUUCUCUAUGCUCAUUAUCUAUUUUUCUAUGAGCAUAGUCGGAGCACUUUGGAGCAGUUGAUCCGGAGGAACGUGUAUUAAUCCUACUGUAGGGUUAUAUUAUACCUCGGUGUGUAUGACACAUUGCAGCUAGCACUAUCAGGUCAAACGAACGAUUACAAUGAACGAGUUACUUAGAAAUUUGAAUCGCGAAUCUCGUGUCAGUAAAAAGAACGAAUCGUUCGCUAACAGCAUAUCAAUAGUGCGCAGCCUACACAAAAUCGCUCAUGUAGAAUACCAUAUGACCUUCCUCGGACACCGUAACUGCAGUGUAUGUUAUUUCUUGACACGUGUUGUAAGCGAUUAAUCAGUAGCGACAGUUAAUAUUUAUUUUCAGAAACCAGCAACACACCACGCAAAGGUAUUACACUAUUUUACAGUAGGCAAAUAUUUCUGUCUUGCACGUUCUGGCUAACUAGCUAGCAUUGCUGUUUUCAGUAGUAACUUGUUAGCGCGUAACACACUGACGCUAACUAGCCACCGUAGCAGUUCACUAGCUAGCUUUCCAGUUUGUGUUACGUGUAGGUGGUUGUCAUCGACCUUCCAGCAAGUUUGAAGCCAUGAGUGACAGCGACGAAGAUAUCCCUCAGCUGUCUGCGGCCACCCUUGCUGCCCUGCAGGAGUUUUACAGGGAGGAGAGAGACGGGCUUGUGCAGAGCACAGCACCGGUGGACAAGUACUCUGUGGGGGCGGUGGAAGAGGACUGGCGUAUGAGCCAAUUCUGGUAUAGCGAUGAGACAGCAACACGGCUAGUUGAAGAGGUUAUUCAGGAAGCUGGGAAAGGUGGCAGGAUAGCCUGUCUGAGCGCACCCAGUGUGUACCAGAAGCUGAAGCAGGGGGUGGUGGAGGGCUCUGACGGUGUGUCGGCUGUGGUUCUAGAGUAUGACCGCCGUUUCGCCACCUACGGCCAAGAGUUCAUCUUCUAUGACUACAACGAGCCCCUUGCUCUCCCAGAGGAUGUGGCCCCACAGAGUUUCGACAUUGUCCUAGCUGACCCCCCCUACCUGUCUGAGGAGUGCCUCAAUAAGGUCGCCCAGACUGUGAAGUACCUGGCCAAGGGCAAGGUGCUGCUCUGCACUGGAGCCAUCAUGGAGGAGCAUGCAGUGAAGUUGAUGGGUCUGAAGAUAUGCAGCUUCCUGCCUAAACACAACAAAAACCUGGCCAACGAGUUCCGCUGUUUCACUAACUACCCCUCAAACCUCAUGUCCUGAGACUCUACAACCCUUCAUGUAUGGCCUUAUUGACUUUUGAUGUCUGACGUCCAUCAAUGCCUCAGUUCUGACUUGACAGAUGUCUGUGAUAGUCGCAAGGAAGGCCCAUCUUGUUGGGCAAUUUCCAUUGCCUGUCCUUUUUAGACAAGGUUUCAUUUUGGGGACUAAUGGUAUCAGACUCUGGAGAUUUGUUUUUAAAAAUGAUUUCUUAUCCCAUAACAUAAUUAUGAAGUGAAUAAUUGUAUUCAUAUGACUUCAGUGUAAAUAAUAUUUCAUAUACACAGCAAAUAAAUAUGUCUAAACUGUAGUAAAAAUCUGUCAAGAUUUCAUUUGCAGAGCCUGGGAACAUGCUUAGAGUAUCAUGUAAUACCAGCAGUCGGCAGUGUCAAUUAAGUAUAAUACUGUGUUGAAAUCCGCCUGGGUUCAAAACUACUGCUACUUACACAGCCAACCAUGCAUUUUCAUACAUAUCACACAGCCCUUUUCUAUUGCCUUGCUGCCCGUGGAUAGUUUGUUCUUGUCAUUGGAGUGGAAACUGCUCUCUUCAAACUCAAGGAUGCGCAGAGCAGCAACCAGUCUUUCUCCAGCAGAGGAAUAUGGGUGGACCCCAUGGCCACAGAUACAUAGCUCUAUGUAUGAGUCAUAGGUUUAUGACAAGAAUUCAUCCACCUGCACUCAGGCAAACCCCUCUUCUGUUUCAAGUGAAGAUCUGUGUUAUAAUGUAUCUGUAAAGGAAUUCACGCUGCUUGCUUAGCAAGCACCAUUUCCCAAUUUGAACCAUAUCUGGCGCAAACUCGCACUGACAGGCAGGUGAGAUUCUGCCACUCCUAGGGUGCAAGCUGCAGAGUGAUGCUUGCUAAUCAGUACCACUUCCCAUAACCGCAGGAAGUAGUUUGGGGGGUGCUGCGAUUUUCUUUUUUUGCCCAAUUUGUUUUCUUGAUGGUACUGAAGACAACUGUAUACUGAACAAAAAUAUAAACGCAAAAUGUAAA